CUAUCGCUCUCUCUCUCUCUCCUCCUUUGCGUCAUAACCAAAAUGGAUGCUUUUGAGACUCAUCAACCGAGAGAGAUCGCGACUCAUCCUCUGCAUAACUCCUUUAGUCCCAGGAGUGAAGAGUAUGUCGUGGCCGGGAAGUUUCCACGGGAGAGGUCAUCAGUCUUUGAUUUGGACAAAGAUGGUUCUAGCCCUCUGCAUGCGGCUGCAGCAGCCGGCCAAGUAGAGACCGUGAGGGCAAUUUUGGGAAUCGACAAGAAACUUUGCAGGCUUAAAGGUAGAGAUGGAAAGACUCCACUUCAUGUGGCAGCGAUGAGAGGCAAAACCGAUGUGAUCAGAGAGAUUGUCUCCAGCUGCGUUGAUUGCGUAGAAGAUGAGACGGUUCAAGGUCAAACUGCUUUGCAUCUCGCUGUUAUGCACCAAGAGAUCGGAGCGGUGGUAGCUAUUGUUGAGUUGAUCACGGAGAUGAAUCAAAUUGAAGUGUUGUACAAGAAAGAUGAACAGGGUAACACUGCUCUUCAUCUAGCUACCUGGAGAAAAAAUCGCCAGGUGAUUGAAGUGUUGGUUGAGGCAAUACCAGAAGAGUCUAAGACAUUUGAGGUGAAUGCAAUGAACAAGAUGGGUCUCUCUGCACUGGAUUUGCUGGUUAUGUUUCCGAGCGAAGCAGGCGAUAGAGAAAUCUAUGAGAAACUUAUCCAAGCUGGAGCUCAAAGAGGGAGCGAUAUAGGUACCACCACCAAUAUCCAAAGAACCACUUCUUCAACUUCCGCUUGCCAAGAGAGAGCAAUGGAGUCACAAAGCCAUAAAGAUCUCGUGAAAUACUUCACUUUCAAAAAGCACAGAGACUCGCCAUCAGAGGCACGCAGCGCUUUACUGGUGGUGGCUUCGCUCGUCGCGACAGCCACCUUCCAGGCCAGCCUGACUCCACCAGGUGGAACCUGGCAAGAUAGCUACACACCUGAUGUUUCCCAGAACGCAACUAGCCAACAACCUCAUAUAGCAGGGCAGUCUAUCAUGGGGACAUUCAACGGAAUCGCUUUCACUUUGUUCGUCUUCUUUAACACGAUUGGGUUUUCGGUUUCGCUUUCAAUGCUCAAUAUUCUCACCCUGGGGUUCCCGUUGCGGUUCCAGCUUCAGAUCUGUAUGAUGGCUAUGUACUUCUCCCACAACACGGCCAUGACCAGCGUGGCGCCAGAUCAUGUGAAGCUUUACUGCGUUCUCAUCACGUCCAUCCUUGCUGCUGCCACUCCAGCUUUGAUGAGGUUGCUUGAGAAGCCUAUUGCCAUGCUCUGUCAAUUAUGGGACUCCAUGUUACAGAAAAUCUGUUGUCAGUAGAUAAUAUUUCAUGUAGAGGUUUUGUAACAUAAAAAGCCAGUUCAUUAUCUAUCUUCUCCUAAUCAUGUUGUAAAGUAAUGAAAAGAAGAGACCCAAAUAUUUCAGUUACAAGCCAUCAUAUUAAACCAAAAACAAUUCGAAGAGAACCAAAAUUAAAUCGUACCGAGCUUGAACCAAAACAUCAGCGAGAACUAACGGGCCGAAAAUGGGCCUCGAAGGAAGACCUAGCUAAAACCCUAACUAACUCAUCACACUAUAUAAAUAGAUUGCAAUCGCCGUAUGCUUGUAUCAUCAAAUUUCAAUUCAAUUCAUCAUUAGUGCAUCUUUUUUUUUUUUUUUUUGGCUCAACAUCAACUUUCAUUAACCAAUAACAGUGAAUACAGGAUUGUAACCACACGAGUUUAAACCCAACAUACAAACGACGAAAUCUAGUACCACCUAGAAUCACUAAGUUGGAUUCUACGCUACCUAAUUUGGACGUCGCUGUAUUUUUCACCACUUGGAGACGACACCAACUCACGACACGAGAUGGCCGUCUCUUAGACCCUACUAAUUUGACCACAAAGUACGGAGACAGUAAUUUACACGGAAAAGAAUGAAAACGUAGCCGGUACCAAUUUUUAACCGCCUAUUAGUCUCCUAAUGGUAAGCCUUCAGCACGUGUACUAACAGGACCAUCACCGCUGGCGCAUACCGACCAAAUUCCACCCCUCCGGCAGUCACCAUCCCGACCCUAAGCCACAAAACCGAACAAGAAUGUCCGGACUGAAAAGCGGAUUUUGACGUCGGAAAACGAGCAAGGAUCACCAAAUAACAGCUUCAAGAGGUGCAAAGCACGUACCGCCGGGACAAUCGUAGAUAUCACCGGCGCUGGGAAAUACGGCUCCGCCGUGCCUCAGAAGGCAGAGACCUCUACUCCGGUUGACAAGUCCGUCGUUGAAGGUUCAUGCCGCACGUUGUCUCCGGGAACCAAAGAACAAGCCCCUUUUCACCGUCUGUCGCAGCACUCCUCCAGCAGUCUCACCGUCACACGGUAAGGUAGAUCCGCGGUGGAGGAGACGUCACACCUCGUCACGCGCCGACGCCAUGAAUCCUUCACCGUAGAUCUCGAAAUUUGGAAAACCGGAUCUGGUGAAGUCUUCAAUCCUAAAAGCCGACUUUCAUCUCCGUCGUUCCACCUUGUAUCUCGCCGCUACUCCAUAGAAGCCGAGAGCCAUCACCGCCGAACACAAGAGGUCACCGGAAGAAGUCAUCGACAGCACAGAAUCGCGAGCAUAUCGACGAAGGGAGACCGGGGAAAAUGAAAGCAAAGAGAAAAACAAGGAAGGGAGAGGGAGGUGGUGCCUCCGGCACGCCUAUCAGCAGCGGCGGCCGGAGUUAGGGUUUUUACAGAUCUGGUUUUUUACGCGUUUGAGAGAGAGGAUUUACUUAUUUUGAAUGAUUUCCAUCAUUAGUGCAUCUUGAUAACGAUUCCAUGAAUAGUUUUUUUUUUCUGGUUUAAAUGCUGUUCUCUUUUGAUUGAUUCGUUUUCUUUUGGUCGAUCAUCUUUUUCCAUUAUAAAAAAAAAAGAUAGAGAAGGCAGUGACGACUAGGAAAUAUUCAAGCUCAACAGACCGGAAUUAGGCGUUUCUUUCGAGACUCGUUUCUGUGUCGAUAAUCCCGCUGAACUGAGCCUUCUUGAUUUUACUCGCUUUGAUUUUGAAAUAUCGAUUUAUGUUUUAAUGAAUUGGAGAUGACGAUGAGGAUAUAAUGCUCCCUCUUCUGAGUUCAGCUGAAGUAACUUGCUGGCAGAAUCGAACCUAAUAUCACUAGCCACCACUGAGUCAUCUCCUUCCAAUAUAAAUAUUGUUUUUUCCACCACUGAUUUGAUUUGGAUUUUGGAUAAUGACUACUGACGAUUGCUAUGA